UUGUGGGUUAAAAAAAACAUCUCUUCCCUUCGUAAAGGUUGGUCAGGAGAAACAUUUGCUAAGAACCGAGGCACCUUUCCAAAGCAUUUUUAUCAUUCGAACGAGCUCUCCUCCAAGUACUUUCGGGCCAUGUCGCUCGGACAGGAAAAGAAAGUUCCUGAUCGACGGAACGAGAAUGAAUCAUCGUCGUGUUUCUCGGCCUAGCCUAGCUUAGCUUAGCUUAGCUUAGCUUAGCUUAUCUUGCUAGCCGCCAUCAAAGAGACGCGUUUGCGAUCCCCAACACAUCGCUAAGCGCGCGGACAAGAAUGUGUACAAGAAAGACGGCGGAGCGCUUGGCAGAGCUUUGUGGGGCAGAAGACGACAACGACCAGCUUCGACGCGAAGUGCCGGAUGCUGUUAGCGAGAUGGAGCCUCGAGUUGUUGUGCAACACGGAGCAGACAUCGCUGAAGAUCUUCGCCCUGAGCGGAAGGACCCAGAGCCCCCUCACAUUAAAGAGGAAGUGGGAGAAGAGGAGGUCCCCCAAAUCAAAGAGGAAGAGGAAUUGGAGCCCAUUUCGAUUAAAAAAGAGGAGUGCCCCCACAUCAAACAGGAAGAAGAGGAAGAUAUCGCAAAGUUUCCAUCGACUGAUGUCCCUUUGAAGAUUGUUUAUGAAGGUCAACGUGAGGAGAGGAGAGGAGCGCAGCCUCUUCGCAGCAGCAGUUCAAGUCAACACAUGACAACAGAAGGUGAUGGAGACCACUGUGGAGGAUCACAAGCAGAUGGCCUCUUACCUCCACUAUCAGAUAGUGAUGACACAACAGCACACUCUUCUGACUAUGAUGAUGAUGAAAAACAGUCUGAAGAUGAUAUGACAUAUUGCAAUGACAACAAAGGAUGGAAAUGUUCUCAGUGUGGGAGAACUUGUGUUUAUAAGAGCAAUUUGAAACGACACAUGAGAAUACACACUGGAAAGAAGCCAUUUGCCUGUUCAAUUUGUGGCAAAGUAGUCUCUGAACAGGGAAACUUAAAAAUAUGCACAAAAACACACACUGGAGAGAACCCUCUUUCCUCCUCAGUUUUAGGUCCAAGCUUCUCUGUAAAGGGACACUUAAAAAGACACACAAGUGCACACGCUGGAGAGAAACCUUUUUCCUGCUCAGAUUGUGGUCAAAGAUUUUCUGUAAAGGGAAAUUUAAAAAUACACACAAGAACCCACACCGAAGAGAAAUCGUUUUCCUGCUCAGUUUGUGGUCAAAAAUUCUCUCAUAAGAAUUUGGUGAAGAGAGACGAGUGUGCUGGUGAGAAUAGCAGUGGUCAAGAAGCCCAUCCAUCCAUUUUCCGUGAUGCUUCUCCUCACCAGGGUCGCGGGUAUGCUGGAGCCUAUCCCAGCUGACUAUGGGUGAGAGUCGGGGUACACCCUGAACUGCUCGCCAGCCAAUUACAGGGCAUAUACAGUCCCCUCCCAAAAUACUCGAAUGGCAAGGUCAAUUCCUUUGUUCUUGUUGCAUACUGAAGACAUUUGGGUUUCAGAUCAAAAGAUGAACAUGAAAAAAAGUAGAGAAUUCAAGCUUUCAUUUUAUGGUAUUUACAAACAGAUGUGUUGAACAACUCAGGACAGAGCACCUUUUGUUUGAAUCCACCCACGUUUCAAGUGAGCAAAAGUAUUUGAACUUCAGACAUGAUUAAAUAAGCCAUCCAUCCAUUUUCAACACCACUUAUCCUGGUUAGGGUAACCCUGACUACGGGUGAAAGCGGACUACACCCUGAACUGGUCGCUAGUCAGUCGCAAGGGCACAUAUAGACACGGACGACCAUUCACAGUCACAUUCGCACCGUCACUGAGUGGGAACUGAAGCCACCGUCUUUAUUGAUACUCACUUGUCUUUAUUGAUAAAACUCAGGAUAGUAGCGCCAGAAUGAAUUCUGACGUCUACAAAACCAUAUAGUUUGGCAGUUUACAAAAAAAUGGAUCCAAACUAAUUGGGAGAAGCUUCACCAUGCAACAAGAUAAUGACGUUUAAAAAAACAAAAAAACAACAACAACACACUGCCAACACAACAAAGGACUUCAUCGGUGGGGAAAAGCGGAAGGUCUGAGACUGGCCAAGUCAAUCACCAGACCUUAAGUCUGAGGUCCUGAGCACUCUGGAGAAGGUUUUCAUCCAGGAUAUCCCUGGACUUGGACAUAUUCAUCUUUUCAAGCAGUCCUGUCCCUGGAGCUGAAAAACACCCCCACAGCAUGAUCCUGCCACCGCCAUGCUUCACUGUUGUGGACUGUAUUGGACAGGUGAUGAGCAGUGCCUGGCUUUCUCCACACGUACCGCUUAGAAUUAAGGCCAACAAUUUCUAUCUUGCCAAAGAAUCAUAUAUAUAUAUAUAUAUAUAUAUAUAUAUAAGAAAGCAAACGAAAGCAUUGGACAAACCGCAUGCAUUGCUUAAAGUAUUUUUGCAACAGUCUUCUUCUGUCACAGUCUGGUUUGGCGCUGCUACAAAAAAGGACAAACUCCGACUGCAACGCACAAUCAAAACUGCUGAAAGGAUUGUCGGUACUCCCCUACCCACCAUUGAGGACUUGCAUGCUGCCAGAACUACGACAAGGGCGUGCAAACUCCUUCCCUCAGAGAUCAAGUCUCGUGUUGGUCGUGUGAAAUUGUGUGGAAGAAGGACGCCGCAGUGCGAGGAUGAAUUUUGGGUACCAAAAGAUGAGAACGAGCCACAAGUUCAACGACUGGACGCCGUUUGCAAGAUGCAGCCUCGAGUUGAGUUACGCACAGCAGACGUCAGGGAAAAACCUUGGCUCUGAGCGGCAGCAGCCGGAGCCCACUCGCAUGAAAGAGGAAGAGGAGGACGAAGAGGUUCAUCACAUCAAAGAGGAUGAGGACCAAUUUCUUCACAAUAAAGAGGAAGAGCAGGAGGAAACGGUCAAGGUUACGUUGACUGGUUUCCCUUUGAAGAGUGAAGAGGAAAAAGAAGGUCAAAGUGAGGAGAGCAGAUGGGCGGAGACUACAAGCAGCAGCAGCAGCAGCAGCAGCUCAAGUCAACACAUGAGAACAGAAGGUGAUGGAGACCACUGUGGAGGAUCACAAGCAGACGGCCUCUUAGCUCCACUGUCAGAUAGUGACGACACAACAUCACACUCUUCAGCAACUGAUGAUGAGGAACAGUCUGAAGGUCACACCGACAACAAACACUGGAAAUGUUCUCAGUGUGGCAAAACCUUUGCUUAUAAGUGUGCUUUGAAACAACACAUGCGAAUGCACACUGGUGAGAAACCUUUUGCCUGUUCAAUUUGUGGCCAAAGAUUCUCUCAGAAGGGAAACUUGAACAUUCACAACAGAACACACACUGGUGAAAAACCAUUUGCCUGCUCAGUUUGUGGCCAAAGAUUUUCUGAGAAGGGAAGCUUAAAAAGUCACACAAGAAAACACACUGGUGAGAAACCAUUUGCCUGCUCAGUUUGUGGCCAAAGAUUCUCUGAGAAGGGAACCUUACAAAAUCACACAAGAACACACACUGGGGAGAAACCAUUUGCCUGCUCAGUUUGUGGCAAACAGUUCUCUGUAAAGGGACACUUAAUAGUACACACAAGAACUCACACUGGUGAGAAACCAUUUUUAUGCUCAGUUUGCGGGCAAAGCUUCUUUCAGAGGGGAAAUCUAAACAAACACUCGAGAACACACACUGGGGAGAAACCUUUUUCGUGCUCAGUUUGUGGUCAAAGAUUCUCUGAGAAGGGAAACUUAAAAAUUCACACAAGAACACACACUGGGGAGAAACCAUUUGUCUGCUCAGUUUGUGGUCAAAGAUUCUCUGAGAAGGGAACCUUAAAAAUUCACACAAGAACACACACUGGGGAUAAGCCAUUUGCAUGUUCAUUUUGUGGCCAAAGAUUCCCUCAGAAAGGAAACUUAAAAAGUCACACAACAACACACACUGGGGAGAAACCGUUUUCCUGUUCAGUUUGUGGUCAAAGAUUCUCUAAGAAGGGAACCUUAGAAAGUCACACAAGAACACACACUGGGGAGAAACCGUUUUCUUGCUCAGUUUGCGGUCAAAGUUUCACUAAAAAGGGAACUUUAAAAGGUCACAUAAGAACACACACGGGUGAGAAACCAUUUGCCUGUGGAGAUUGUGGUAAAAGAUUUGCUCACCACCACCAUGUUAAGACACAUAAGUGUUUUGGUGCUCAAAGCGGUGAUCAAUGAUUGUGUUCUAUGGACCUUCUUAAUGGUCUCCUGUGGAUGCAUGUUGAGAAUUUACACUCGUAACACUUUGUCUAAUGCACAUGUGUCAAACUGCGAGAUCCGGCCCGCCACAUUUGAUGUGGCCUGCAAAAGCAAAUCAAAAUUUCCGAUUGUGUUCUCGUGUAAUAUUGUUGAGAUAUUGCAUUUUUUUUUUUGUUGAAAAGAAAUGUCCUGGUUGAAAAACAAUGUUUUUAUUGGCUUCUGAGUUGAAAAGGGUUUAUUCAUCAAUUUGUUGUGUAUACUGAAUGUCAUUAAAUAUGAUCAUUCAUUGAUAUGAGCUGACAGUCAGAGCGUCCCGCCAAACAAAGUCAUUACUGCGAUGUGGCCCGUGACAAAAAUGAGUUUGAAAUCCCUGGUUUUUGUGAUGUGCAUUGCAGCCAAUUUGGGGGGAAGGGGACGGUUAGCGAGAGGGUAGUGUUAUAUGUUGACCUGUGUAUUUCCCCUUCCUGCCGAGAAGUUACUGUCAAC